CUUAUCGAUAGGUAAUUAGACUCAUACUCGACUGCUUCACCCUCGACAUACUCUUCAGCGUCCUUUCAGAGACAAGACUCGCCUUUGAAGAGAAACCAGUCACCAGUCGGAUCUUUUUCGUCUCCUUCGUCGAAUACUGGACCUCUUUGAGAGGCGCGACCUGCGAUGAAUGUCCCGGGUCAAGCUCAGCAAGCCGAGUGGGACGAAGAUAAGUGCCGAAACUAUAUCAUUCGCACUCUAGACUGGAUACCACGAAACUUCGGAUAUCAAGACGGUCUUUACUUCUUGCACACACACCUGCAACUUGCGUUCGGCGAUGAGAACGGACACCUGGCAACUGGUGUCCUGGAAGAGCUGAUAGAGCUCGAUGGGAUUCCCCCAUUCCCAGAAGCGCUUUUCCAGCGUUGGAAGUAUGCUUACCGACGGAGAAAUGAAGUCCUCGAACUGCCCCAUACUCCUCCUACGAGGACGAUCAAUCGUCCAGUUGUGCCAACACAGAGGGCAAUCGAGCACAGACUUUUGACUUCCCCACAAACAGAACAUGGCAACAGGACCACCAAUUCUCGCGCAUCUCGUCUCUCACCAAGUCCAACUCGUCUGCUUGAGACACGCGGUGAUCAUGCUCGAGCUAUCGAAUACACUUCCUACGUCUCUAGAAAGGGCAAGAAACCAAGGAUAUUGUCCGCUCCGACUCAAGAAGAAGUACAAAAAAUGCUAGAUGAUCCUCAAUUCGGCAGAGGCGGCAGGAUCCAGAGCAUGAGAUACGUGCAUACACCUGUUACAAACAACACAGCUUCUGAGGGACAGCUUAGCCCUGGAGCACUGAUCUACAACACUUCAAAGACAUCAAUCCCUCCAAAAUCCGAGAACCUGGUCACGAGAGAACAUACACAGCUGGCUGUGCAAUCUAAUUGUGGCUUCUUGAAAGAUCUUGUCGACUAUCUUCGGAAAGCGGCUCGCUCAGGUCCUGCUUCCGCCCAAAGCCAAUCAACUCAAGAAGUCGAGGAGGAUGAACUGAACUUCCAGAAAUACAUCAGAGAAAUAUUCCGAGCCGAAAAUGCCACACCUCCUUUCGACUUUCAAAAACAUCUCGAGGAAAUGCACUGGCCCUCUGAGGUCGAGAUACCCAAUGCAAACUUCGCUAGAAAAUAUCGUCUUGUUCCUCCUGGACAGUCGUUGCCGAUAGAAGUAUUGAAUGGAUCGCGUCAAUGGACUCUGAACGAAGAAGAGACAAAAACGCUUAAUCGAUUAUGGCAACAAGCAAGACGAGAGAUGAAUGAAUUAUCUGAUGGUGAGGAGAGAGUGACUGGCCGACUAUGCCAAAGGUUCUUCCAGUUUUAUGCGGACCGCUACAAUGCUCCCUUGACCACGUCUCUAUUCCAUGACUCGGGAUUGGAUUUCGCUUGGGGCAAUAAGAGUAUGGAAGGCUGGUAUGAGAGUGAACCCAGUCUAGCAUCUAUCGUCGCACAUGACACUCCGUACGAGACCCAGAGCGACCUUUCCUACCAUACAAGGGGUAACAACAGACGCAAAGGCAAUUUGGCAGUCAAUAUCACCCGCAAUUGGCAACUCGGAAGUCGUGGAACUAGCGAGGGCCCAUCAAACUGGCACUCAGCGCAGUCACAUCCUUCACUCGAUGACUUUCGAAACGAGCUACUUAACGAAGAAAAGACGUCGACUACUGAUAGUAGAUCUGUUCGUGAAGAGGCCUCAAAGGAAGGUCUCAAUCAGCGUCGUCAUCUCCGUUCGGACUCUGGCUCUUUGGAAGAUCUUUUCCGACGUUCCCUGGUCGAAAGUCACCUCCAAAACUCACUCCAAGAAGUCGCUCUAGAUUCUGGCUCUUUGGAAGGUCAAUUUCGACAUUCCCUAGUCGAAAGUCAACGACAACACGCACUUCAAGAAGUCGCUUCGGAUUCUGGCUCUUUGGAAGAUCUUUUCCGACAUUCCCUGGUCGAAAGUCAACCACAAAACUCACUUCAAGAAGUCCCUUCGGACUCUAGCUCUUUGAGGAUACCCUUGCCAAAUACCAUUCCAGAUUCUCAUCUCUUGGGCAAUCAAGAUCUCAAUUCUCGCCACCUUUUGUGUUUGCCGCGUACAACAUACCUCCAAAGCCAUCCACAAAGCACAGAUCAAGACGACAGCGCUGAGCUCUUUAUUCUUCCCCGUACAACCUACGACCCAGGAACACCCAGACCAGAGACAAACACCUGGAGCAACUCCGACAACAUGGGUCGAUUAAGCUCUCUGUUCAAGACGGACAACGUUGGUGGUUCACAAUCUAGGUCAUGGAAGAAGUGGCUGCCAUGGAGUAGGAAGACGGACGAGGAAUCACGAGUUGAUUCACCAACCAGGAGUCCGAGUUGGAGCAGCAGCAGCUUGUCUGUCACCAGCCCAGCCACUCCAGCUCCGAGAGAAUCCAGAAAGUCUGGAGAUCCUAGAAAAGCAGGAUCUUCAGCAAUUGAAACUUGGAGACAGGAGGUGUCGGUCAACACCAGGGGUAUUGAAACAUAUACCCCAACCGGCACUCCUGCCAAAUUCAAAUCUCCGUCCUAUUCUCGAGACAGGAGAACCAGUACAAGCAGUGGAGCCACUUGGGUAACUGAGACAGCGUCAGUUAUCCAAUGGAGUCCGACUUCAGUUACAGCUCGAGUCCCGGCCCCGCCUGCACGCACAACUCCUCGGUCACGACCAGCAGACUUUGACAGCAUGUACGAUGCUUCCCCCGUCGGAUCAGAAGCUGGAGAGGAGACGGCUCCUGUGGCGAGCACACGGUUUGGUCCGUACGUGGUCCCUUCGAUUCCUCGCGGAGUGUUUGAACCCCGAGGCAAUACAACCUUCUCGAUUUCGGAAGACCCUUUCACGGGAGCUACGGUGGCAAGUGCACGGGUGGAGAUCCCCCCUGGGUCGUUUUCUGCGAGAGGACCGAGUCACAAGUCACCUAGGGCACAUCUACUGAUACCACGGACAAGAAGAGUCGCUCGCAAUGGGAUUCUAGAGAUUCAGCCAGUACGAAAUCAGGUGCCAGAUACUCCCACGAGAGGGCUUCGAAAUGUAGCAAGAAUUGGUAGCGCUAGAGCCGGAGACGUGCAGGGAAAUCCCAAUGGAAGACUAGAGAUUCAACCAGUACGAACUCAGGAGCCAGAUACUCCAACCAGAGGUCUUCGAAACGUAGCAAGAAUUGGCACUACUAGAUCCGGAGAUAGAGCUGGAGGCGGACAGGAAAAUCCCAAUAAUAUUUCCCGUGUUUUGCAGUGGCGGGAAAAGCGAAUGGGACUUGAUGGCGCAUCUGAUGAUUUUGGAGAUUUUGGAGAUUUUGCAGGUUUUGGCGAAUUUUGCUCACCUCUCGCCAAUGUUGACAAUGGUAACCACAACCACAAUACCAUCUCGCAAGACAAUGGUUACGAGAUAACCAUUUGCUCGAAUGUCAACACCACGAACUCUAAAAUGGAUGCAAAUCGAAAAUCUGCUUCCUCGUCCAAUUCAGCAAAUCCACCACCUCUCCGCAUCAACAAACAAUCGAAGCAAGUUCGCAUUGCAGAAAGUCAACAACAAUUGAGCGAUACCAGUCCACACAAGCAAUCCACAAUCUUCCCUCCUAGAACUUCCUCUAUGCGCAAUACCGGCGAUUCCCCUGUUGCUGAUUCCGUUCGACGUCGCGAGGCUGCUCAUAUUCGUCAACAUAGCGACGCGACUUCUGGUAGACCAUCACCGCUCUCCAGCUACAGCUACAGAGGACAUUAUCUAUCCGACGCGUCUGGCAGUCGUCCUUCCACAGAGGAAACAGCGCGCUCAACUCUGUCCAGCUUCAAAGGUCACUACAUUUCGGGUUCAACUGACAUCAUUGGCAACUUUGUCCCAAUCGAUUCGCAAGCCAUGGCUGCUCCAACUGCUGCUCCACAGGCCAACUGUAACAGAGGCAAUCUAGACGCGCUUGGCCAGGUCAAGAUCUCCUCGAAUCCUUAUCAAUUUGAACCUGAUACCCCUCUUCCUGCCCGUCAUCAUUCGCACCAAACCACGUUCACGGAUUUCAUUUCGUAUCCGCACGACUCCGAAUUGGCGCCAAGCCCACAGGUCUUCUAUUUGAAGAAGUCUCCAUCAACUGGCAAUGCAAUCUACAACGGUCGAAAGCCGACGCCUAUGGUGCCAUUGUCGUCCAAGCCAGGCGCGCGCGGUCUUCAAAGAUGCGAAUCGUCCCCGAAUGUGUCUUCUCCAGCUGUGUUCAAGGUGCAAUACCAGAGAAGCGCAAGCCCUGACCUCGCUGCUCGUUUUGGUGAGAUCGUUGAUCCAACAACUCCAAUUCGGCGCGGCCGCUCUCCUCCCCGUGAAGAACGCCGUGGACGCUCGUGUGAAGAAGAUCGUACACCUGUUCCUGCAAAUAAUCAGAGAUAUUUCGGAGAACUGCGAUCGGAGUCUCCUUUCCGUGCACCUACUGCCAACGAACAUAUCCAAAGCUAUCUCAGAGAAUCGCGUCCAGAAUCCCCUCUUCGCGUACGUACGUCCAAUGAUCAUAUUCAAAGCUAUAUGAGAGAGCCCCGUCCAGAAUCUCCAUUUCGUACACCAUCUCGGGAUGUGGCUGAUCACUACGGUGCUUCUCCUUCAACGACAAGCCGCUAUGGCCCCAGAUCUCCAACGAAGACAUUACGUGAUGUUGUCGAGCACGACGAAGUCAGUCUUGACUCCCCAGAUCUUACCCGUUCUCCAAAGAAGCGUUCUCGAUCGCCCAUGAAGAAGAUGUUUGGUGAACAUGGUUGGCUUGGACGCUCACCGGCGGAGGCACCUGAGAAUAUUCGUCAGAACCAGAAGGCUGCUGCUGCUAGUGGCAAGGAAAAGAUGAGUAUGAUGGGAAAGCUGAAGACAAAGCUAGGAGAAUUCGCCGAAAAGGCUGAUCUCAGUCCUAUCGGUCGCGGUCGAAAUAGUAACGACACGCCAGCGAAGAUCUCAGUCUUAUCGGUAUCCCUUGGGCCUCCAGAGCAAGCAAGAAUCCUCAUGGAAGUCGAGCUCAUGCUCGUUCAUACCGCAAACAGCUUCCUCAUGAACCAAUUUAGCCAAGGUCGCAUGGCCGUUGACUCGAUCAAGAAGACCGUUGACGCUUGGAAGGCUCGAGGACGUCCCACCGUCAUUGAAUUCAUGUACGAUCAGAGCACACAGCGCGAUCUCGUUGCCAUCAACCAACAAAACUUCCGCUUUCAUGGUGAGAGAGCUGGCGAUAGCGUUCGGAUCAAUUCGAUGCUCUAUAGCUGGAAGCUUGUUGCGAGUCAGAUGUCCAUUCGUACCUUCUGUGACGCCGAUACGAUCAUCUUGAAAUUACUCUUCGACAUCGAGUCGAUCUUGGAGCUUCUUGGUGCUCGCGACCCGCUUCUGACCAGACUUCAGCAGAUUCGAGCCACUGCCAAUGAAAGAAUGCGACUUGCUCGUCUGAAGAAAGAGCGUGAUAGCACUCAGGAUGUACCGAUGGGUCGUGAGAGAACUUGGCACAGCAAUUCUGCUGAAUCGUCUGAUGGCCCUUCUAUUCGCGAAUCCAUGGAUGACCCUUAUGGAGGCUUGAAGCUUGUCCCAGAUACUUACAGAGGAUUCAACUGAGAAUUCAACUGAGAAUUCAAGGACGUCUAGAAGCAUAUGGCUCUCCGUUUGAUCUCUUCGCAAUCGAACCAUCUCUCUUUCGCCGCCUACACUUGGAAUCUCUACAUCUCGACCAUCCACUUGUUCGCUCAUAUUGUACGACUAGAUUUCCUUCGUUCCUGCAUAUUUCGACGACUCUCCACUCUUUCGAAGAGCAUCAGAUCUUUUUUUCACUGAAAAGACCUGGCAUACUUCGUACUCGCGCUGAGAGAUCAUUCUCCUUUCUGUAUUCCCCAUUCCCAAUAUUGUGUUUCCUCUUUCAACAAUGGUUCUGUGGCGAACUUCUGG